AUGGCCUCUCGGCAGGACUCGAGUAGCGACCAAAAAGAACCAGAAUUUCCUCAAUCGGUUCUGUCAUUGCGGUCAAAGUUUGAAUCUCUUAGCUCCAACGACGUUGCAAGCAUCAGUACAAAUACCCCAUCAAAAAAGUAUUUGAAUCCUCAAGAACAGAAUACAAGUAAUUUGGAAAAUGCUCAUGCUAAAAACCAAGGAGUACAGAUUCCUCUUGCUUCUUCUUCUGUAGGAAAUACAUCCACCGAGGAAGGAAAGUCAAGUGUGUCAAAUUCGUUAUCAGAAUCCGAGAUAAACGAAGGCUUGAACAAUAAACUGAAAAACAAACCUAGCUUUGAAGCUGUUCGAAAAGGCUUUUCUCAAAAGCAAGAAAAAUCUUCUGAUACGGAUGCUUUUGUGCCAUCCUCGCCUACUGCGUCCAAUUCUUUCAUUUCCGUUUCUCCUUUACCUCAAAAACCUUCACGCUCUUUUGGUUCACGAGAUUACGAUGAUUUAACGACAUUUCCUAGACCUAAUUGUGCCACGAAACCAAAAAGCCUUACGGGAGAAAUUUCAUCAUCAGCAAAAUUAAACUCGGAAUUAAGUCCAAGCUAUACUGAAAAAAAACCUGUAGAUGAACAAAAUGAAACGGAAGGCGAUUUAGAAUCUGAAUCGGGGUCUGAAUUAUCCUCAACAAUCUCGUCUGAAGAGGAAGAUGAACCUCUAAAUGAAAAGACUUCCUCUCCUUCCAAACAACAAGAUAAUCCCUUUAAACAUGAUUCCGAAGCUCUAGAUUCCUCUUCAAUUCCCAUAUCCGUUCCACCACGAGUACAAAGUCAACAUGUUGAUGUUCAGCCUCCCGUUCCUUCGCCGAGACCCCCAAAGUCUGUCGCUGCAGAAGCUGUGCAGCAGUCGCGAAUUGCAAUGGCUCACCACCUUCCAAGUCGCACUACUCAGCGACCGCCAAGGCCUCCUGCUCGGAAAACAUCUCAUAACAUAAGUACGUCGACUUCAAACGAACUGUCAAGUGGCUUGCCAAGCAGACGAAUUUCCUCCGUAUCAUCGCCGGUGUCAAACAUUAGUUUUUCCUCAUCUGAGCCUAUGUUAUCUGCUGAAAAACCAAAGUUGCCUCCACGACCUAGCCAGAUGGCUCCAGAUAUAUCACUGAACAAUUUGGCGAAUGAAAGUGUUUCUGCAUCUCCUCCUCCUUUCCUUGUAUCUCCUCAACUUGGAAGAUCGUUAUCUUCUGGCCGAAGGCCUACUUCUUCCUCUGGCCUGAGCGACGUUCACGACACAUCGAUGUCUUCUGGUUCUCCUUCUGCUUCUCAAUCAGAUACGAUUUUGAAAGGUACUUUACCGGAUGUAUCAUGCGUCCGUAGAAAUCAACCCACUUUUAUGAAUGGUGCCAAUUCGGUUAACUUGGAUUUCGAAGCACGCGUCUUCGCUGUAAGCGGAGAGUGCCUCGUUGUAGCUGGCAAUGGCGCAUUCCGCAUUUAUGAUUCUAUUACGGGUCUGUGCAAUUGGCAUAUGCCUUUGGGAGACGUUAAAGUGACUGCAAUGUCUUUCAAACCUUCUGGUGAUAAGGUGGCCGAUGAUGGGAGAUUUGUUUGGAUUGGUACUCGCGAUGGUGCUCUUUGGGAGAUGGAUAUUGUGAAUCACCAUAUAGUGAACAAAAGAAGUACUCCUCAUACAUCAAUUUCUCAUAUCUUGACAUGUAAAAAUGAAGUGUGGACGCUUGAUGAAUCAGGCCGACUUUUUGUUUGGAAAGAGGAUAAGAUUAUGGGAUUAAGUGUGCAGUCAGACCCGAAGUCUGUCCGUGUUGUUCCCCAUGCUUCACAUGCCAUGGUACUAGAUGAUAACUUGUUAUGGGUUGUAGUUGGCAAGUCUAUUUAUGUAUAUGACCCUAAUAAUAGCGAACGUCCGUCUGUUCUUCCAAAACCAAUGACACCUCCAGGACUUAUCGGCGAUAUAUCUUGCGGUACAGCUAUACCUAAUUUCCCCGAUCUUGUUUUUUACGGCCAUGUUGAUGGUAAAAUUUCAAUAUAUUCAAAAACACAAUAUCGAUUUGUGGAACUUGUGACGAGUAGCUCCUUUUAUCGUAUAAGUUCUUUGGUUGGUGUCGGUAAUACUAUUUGGGCGGCUUAUACUACUGGAAUGAUUUAUGUCUUUGAUGCUUCUGUCAGCCCUUGGCGUUUAAAAAAGACAUGGCAUGCUCAUAAAGUUAGUCAAAGCGGUGCAAACACUAUUUUAGGUAUAGACAUAAAUAGCAUCUGGAAGGCUAAACGGUUACAAGUGGUUAGUCUUUGUUCUCCAGUUGUGAAGUUUUGGGAUGGAUUAAUGAUGGGCGACUGGCUAUCUACGGAAAUGAGAAAGUUCUUUCCGAAAUAUAGCUCGUUUGAUAACAUCAGCGCGUUGGUCUGUUCCUGGAAUGCUGGCGCUUCCAAACCGUCGGAUUUCAGAAGCCAGGAUGCUGGACCUGAUUUUAUAAAGGCCUUACUCAAAGAAAAUGGAUACCCAGACAUAGUGGUCUUCGGCUUUCAAGAACUGGUUGAUCUUGAAAAUAAAAAAUUGACCGCCAAAACUUUGCUUUCAUCCAGUACUAAAAAUAAUGCUUCAAGUAGUGACAACAUUUCCAGGCAGUAUCGUUUAUGGCGUGAAAAGCUGGAGUCUGAAAUGGCACGAAGUGAUCCAAAGAGUGAGUACCAGGUUUUGGUCUGUGAAAAUUUGGUCGGCCUUUUCUCUUGCAUCUUUGUAAAAAGUGCAUUGCAAAGCAAGAUACGAAUGCUACAAACCACGACAGUCAAAACCGGAUUAGGUGGAUUACAUGGAAACAAAGGUGCUAUAGUCAUUCGUUUUCUUAUUGAUGAUACUUCAUUCUGCAUUGUGAACUGUCAUUUAGCUGCUGGCCAGACCAGCAAGGCAGCAAGGAAUAAUGAUCUGGCAACAAUAUUAGACUCUGCGGCAUUGACACCAGACAGCGAUGAGAUGGAUCAGCUGAACAGUUAUGAAGCAGGUGGUGAUGGUUCUCAGAUAUUGGAUCAUGAGGUUUGUAUAUUGCAUGGCGAUCUCAACUAUCGAAUCAAUCUUUUAAGACCCAAAGUUAACAAUUUACUUUCCAAAAACGAUAUAAAAACGCUCUUGGAAAGUGAUCAAUUAACACAAGAAAGGAAACGCAACGCUGGCUUUAGGUUACGAACCUUCAGUGAGCCUGAAAUAGCGUUUGCUCCAACAUACAAAUAUGAUGUUAACAGCGAUCAAUAUGAUUCUAGUGAAAAGAAGAGGGUUCCAGCUUGGUGCGAUCGUAUCUGCUUUCGGGGUGACAUGGAUUAUGUAUAUGCUGAGAAUUAUAGACGACACGAGGUCCGUGCUUCUGAUCAUCGUCCUGUAUCGGCAUUACUUCAUGCAAAAGUAAAGCUUGUAAACGCACAGGAACAAGCUUCAACUUGGGAUAUUAUCAAAAAGAAGUGGCUGGAUUAUGCUGAUUCCGUCAAGCGGGAAGCUAAAUUACAAUACGUAAUGGUGCACGCGUCUUUAGAUCGUGAAAAGGCUGAACGUGUGCUAAUAGAAUUUCAGUGGAAUGUACAAGACGCUAUACGAAACAUUCAGUAA